AAGCAGUAUGUGUGCGAACACACUGACUGUCACAGACGUUUCAAGCGACCCGAGCACCUCAAACGACACCAGCGCAUCCAUACUGCCGAACGUCCUUUUGAAUGUACUUACCCUGGUUGUGGACGUACGUUUGCUCGAUCAGAUAACCUAACUCAACAUAUCAAGACCCAUGAAAAA